GGGCUCAAGUGAGAGAGAUCCAGUUUAAAAUGAGCGAGUCAACUUAAAACAGAAACAUUCAUUCCCCCAUUCCAUUCCAUACAAAUACCAGUACAGUAUUCUGAUAUCGAUUCUUUCAAGUUGAAAUGGCUGUGUUUCUGAAAAGACUGGCAAAGGCAGCUGCACCAAUUGCAUUCGGAGGCCAAACAAAAUCCGGUUCUCCAAUCCGGUUUGGAGCACUUGCUGCCAUUUCUGGUGGAAUCACCUCCUAUUACCUCUUUUCCUCAUCCCAUGAUUUGGUUUAUUUAGAUCAACUCAAUGAAGAUACUACACCAAAAGUUGCCCUAAAUCCUGAUAAAUGGAUUGAGUUCAAGCUGCAAGACAAGGUGCAGGCCAGCCACAAUUCUCAGUUAUUUAGGUUUGGUUAUGUUCCCAAUGUGAAGUUAGGUCUUGAUGUCGCAUCCUGCAUUAUUACGAGGGCGCCGACUGGACAGAAUGCUGAAGGAAAAACAAAAUAUGCGAUUCGCCCUUACACUCCUAUAUCGGAUCCAGAUGCAAAGGGAUACUUCGAUUUGCUUAUUAAGGUGUAUCCAGAAGGUAAAAUGAGUCAGCAUUUUGCUAGCUUGAAACCAGGAGAUGUAGUAGAAGUGAAAGGGCCCAUUGAAAAACUCAGAUACAGUGCAAAUAUGAAGAAACAUAUUGGCAUGAUUGCAGGAGGAACUGGAAUAACCCCAAUGCUUCAGAUAAUAGAUUCCAUCCUUAAAAACCCUGAUGAUAAUACCCAGGUCUCUUUGUUAUAUGCUAAUGUAUCUCCCGAUGACAUACUUCUCAAAAAGAAGCUUGACAUGCUCUCCGCCAGCAACCCAAACUUGAAGGUAUUCUACACUGUUGACAAUCCAACAAAGGACUGGCUCGGAGGUAGGGGUUUCAUAUCCAAACAAAUGGUAGUCAAAGGCUUGCCUGUUCCCAGUGACGAUACUCUUAUUCUUGUUUGUGGUCCUCCUGGAAUGAUGAAUCACAUAUCGGGUGACAAGGCAAAGGAUCGGUCACAAGGAGAGCUAACUGGCAUACUCAAGGAACUUGGAUACACAGAAGACAUGGUUUACAAAUUCUGAGUGCCGAUUUUGAUGUCCACAAACAGUUAAAUAUAAUAUGAGCGUGAGAAAAUAUAUUCACUAAUUUGGUGAGACAUAUAUGAUAUAUAUGAAUGCGGCAUGCAUCGGAGGAUUCUCUUGGGCGGCAGCGUGUGUUUAUAAUCUCAAGUAUGAAUCUAUGAUGACAAUAAGCUGUUCAUGUGUUUAAAACCUCGAGUAUGGUUUUAUGAUGACAUGCUAUUCAUAGGGCGGGUUGGCUUUUUGAAUUUUGGCUACACAUAAAAUGGGAUUCCAUGAAAAGCUACCCGACACUGAUCCCAAUUAUCGGUUAUUUGAACAAACACUGGAUUUGUGUCGAUUUUUCUUUUUUUUUUUCCUUUUCCCUCGUCUCUUACGACAUCGAAUAAUUAGUGUUGUUAUGCUGUCUA